AAAGCGGACACAGCUGCACAGAUCGGUCUUUGGCAGAGACCAAUGCAAAGCUUACGCUUUUAACUUUCCACCAAUCUGCUAACAGACACACACACCGGAGAAGGCGAGAUAUCGUCUGCACCACUUUUGCACCUGAAAGCGUAACCCAACGCGCAUGCGCGAAGUUGUCUGUGUGUUUGCUCCGUUCAUUACUCGGGUUUGUUAUACGAGUUCAUCCAUCGGGCGAGUGCUCAAGAGUGAACGAGGGAGAAAGAACGCAGUCGUGAUUCGAAGCUUGCAUGGAACAGUCGAUAGUGUCCGGCUGUAGUUAACUGUGAUUUUUUUAAAGGAAAAUAGCAAAUCCAGGAUUGUGGAAAUAAUGAUUGCAGCCUUCCGCUUGGAACUUAUUUCUUGGAGCUAAUACAUUACCCUUAUCCUUUGAAACAAACUAGAUUACACUGUCAUAUCCUCUAUCAUCAUGCAGUACAUGACGUCAUCAAUGAGCCCUGUGCUCCUGAGUGUCUUUCUUAUCCUAUGCCAAGUACUUGAUCCCACCGCUGCCAUCGGUUGUAUCCGACCACCGUCCUGCGAUACAGACGAGGAAGCAGGCUUUGCCAGUAUGCUCUGCGGUCAAAGACGUCUGAACUGUAUUCCUCAGGAACAGCACCAUGCACGCUUCCUGGACAUGCAUGGCAAUAGGUUAACCAACCUGCUUCAAGAUGCCUUCCGACAGUUCUACAACCUUGAGAGACUCGACCUGAGCUCCAACGAGAUUGCCUCCAUCACUCCUGGGGCAUUCUCCGGACUGCACAACCUCACUAGCUUGAUCCUGAAAGGGAACAGGAUCCAGAGCCUCAGCGCCAGUACUUUCUCGGGUGCAACCAAGUUGGAGACCCUUGAUCUGUCCAGGAAUAACAUAUCCACGAUCACUGUUGGAGCUUUUAACGGCCUGAGCCAACUCAGGACGCUCUAUUUGAACGAGAACCAGUUAGAUUGGCUAAGACCUGGUAUGCUCCAAGGUCUUCCUAGACUUGCCCUUCUAUCCUUCCACAGCAAUGGUAUGCGUACAAUUGAUGCAGCUGCCUUCCGAGGACUUACGCACCUUCGUGCUCUUCAACUAAACAACAAUAACAUCGCCACGAUGGACAAUGUCUUCAACUCCUUGCCAUCACUGUCAACGCUGUGGAUUGGUGAAAACCCAUGGGAGUGUGACUGUCGAAUGGAGUUCCUCAGGAGGCUGUUGGUGCCCAGGCACGCCGGUGCUGCUGGUGUCCUGGAUGUACGACACCCUGUGAUCUGCACAGGUCCUAGUCUCAUGAGGGGACUUGAUAUGAGAUACGUCAACGACCCUCUUCAAUGUACCAGACCAAUUUUCAAAAGGGAAAAGUUCGAGUAUCUUAUUGCGAGAGGACAGGAUGUCUCGAUGACAUGCGACGCCUCGGGCAUCCCUUCCCCAGCCUUGUCGUGGGUAAGCCCUAGGGGUGAACCCAUCCCCUCGAUCACAGUGGGUACAGCCAACAUGAACUACGCCCACGCACCCCGCAUCAGUGUCCGCAGCGACGGAUCCCUCAACAUCCGACACGCCCAACACAAGGACGCUGGAAACUACACCUGCUUGGCGCAGAACCCCGGCGGUCAAGCCAUGGCCGAGAUCCGGGUGACCGUCGUCAAUGAAAUCCCGAAGCCAACUGUUAGUGCGCCAGGGAAGACGACCCCUGACAUGUGGCCGAGGAAACCGACAGGCGGCAAUGAACCGGAAGGAGGUUGGCCAAACCAGGAGCGUCCACCUAUCGCGUGUAUACCUGAAAGAUCCCGCGCGUGCGAUUCUGCAACAGGUGUUGUCGUAACGGCCAUCGUGACAUUUCUCACGACCCUGAUCACGUGCGUGGUAGUCUUUUACCUCUGGUAUCGAAAGCAAACAGCCAAAAUCCACUUUGCUUCGGCGCCACUCCCGAACACGCAGAAAGCUCCGAGGAAUCAGUCAUCGAUGAAACCGACACUUCAACGUUUUAUCAACGCCAUCUCCAACCCCGCGCACCUGUACGCCAAGCCCAAGCCAGCCAAAAACCAGCGCCCGGGCGGAUUCAGCUUUCACAAAGCCAGUAACAAAGUGGACGACGCGAGCAGACACAUUAUAGCUCCGCUGACAGAAAAGCCAUCCAUCCUCAGUCAAGGCAUGCCCGAAAUGGAUGCGCCCACGCCACCGCCUAUGACCGGAAUGAACCGGUCACACCCGAAGCAAACCGAUCAGAAGAGGUUAAGUGUCCCGAGAGAACUGCUCCGAAACAGCGCCACGAUAUCUCGAUCUUCACACCUAUACGAGAACGCAACCGCUUUAAAUGACGAUCCGAAUUACACAGCGCUUGAUCCCAUGACAAGAUGUAUAAUCAACGACACAUAUGUGUCCUAGAUAAGUAAAAAAAAGAAGUAUGAAAAACUUUUAUUUAUGAAGAACAAAGUAACUGG